AUGAUUCUUGAUCGAGAUAAAAAGAAAAUAAAAAAUCUACGCUUGUUGAAGUUCACCUGUACCAAUAGGCAGCAGAGGGAAAUAAGCACUACACCUAGGAAUCAACAACACAAAAACUUUGUUAUAAAUUAUUCCUUAGUAGGCUUGGGACUAAAGAAUGGUUGGGACAACAAACAUCCAUCUCGUUUGUAUUUUGGAUACCCGUAUAACCAUAAACGGUUGUUGAAGUGA